AUGCAUUCCCGCGUGCUGAUGGUUUGCUGGCGGCGUAAACUGUUCUUUCUCGGCGCGUCGCUACUCUUCCUGCUGGCCCUCUGGUUCUGGGGCUUUCUCUACACGACCCACAUCACCGAGGAUGGUGGCAAGAUCGUGUCCGUGCGCGAGCUCAUGCUCGGCAGCGCGCACGGUCGCCACGAUGGCCUUCUGCAUCGGUUGGGAUUUUACGAGUCGGACAAUUCGGCGCCAUCCGACACGGCCCGGGGAAUCGGUGAGCCGCUGGGAGGAAAUCAUGCCUCCGGCUCGGGCAGUGGAGGUGUGAAGUUCGUCAAACCGACGUCGGGUGGAUCGAAUUUGGGAUCGAGCUUUUCCCUGCGAUCGGGAAAAGCUCGCCAUACCGACGAGUGGGAUUCGAUUAUGCAGGAGCAUGUGGACGAUGACAUGAAACCGCAACACCAUGCAGUUCACGCGGACGAAGGCGGCAAAGGACAGCGACACAUUACCGACGAGAUGCGGAUGGCCGCCGAACGUCAAAGUCACUACGAGCACGAGCUGAAGCGUAUGGGUGUACCGGUGAUAGCGGGACUGGGGCCCGGUGGUAGACCGCCGCCUGCCCAACGGUUGGUGCACUUCGAUCUUAAGGGAGCUCCACCGAAGAUGGCCUACUUGCGCCGUUUGCUACCCAUUCUAAAGACGCUCGGGGCCACCGGGAUCCUGCUCGAGUAUGAGGACAUGUUCCCCUACGGUGGUCAACUGGCACCGCUAGCAGCACGGAACGCGUACACACGUGACGAAAUCCUGGAGCUGCUAAAAGCGGCUUUCGCGCUCGGACUGAACGUCAUCCCACUGGUGCAAACGUUUGGCCAUCUGGAGUUUGCGUUGAAAUUGAAGGACUUUGCGCACUUGCGCGAGGUAGAAGACUCACCGCAGGCGCUCUGUCCGAGCUACAACGCGUCGUUGGUGUUCCUGGAGGCGCUGCUCGAGCAGGUCAUUGAGUACCACACGCCUGCUGCGAACGAAAACCUCCUACACAAGGAUGACAUUGGGCGGCUGACGCCAAAGCUGACCCACAUCCACAUCGGUUGCGACGAGGUGUACCACCUGGCCGAGUGUCCCCGCUGCCGGCACCGGCUUCGCGAUCAACUUUUCCUCGACCACGUGUACAACGUGGCUACACUCGUGCGGCGCCGCUGGCCCCAUCUGCAUCUCAUCAUCUGGGACGACAUGCUGCGGCACAUUAGCACCGAGGUGCUGCAAGCGUCCGGCAUUGGCCGGCUGGUCGACCCGAUGAUCUGGGUGUACACGGAGGACAUCUACAAGUUCGUACAGUCACCCACCUGGGAGAAGUACGCGUCCGUCUUCAGUACGGCGUGGGCAGCGUCCGCUUUUAAGGGUGCGCACGGUGAAGGCCUGCUAAUGCCCCCGGUUAGACGCCACCUGGAAAACACACUCCGGUGGCUCGCGGUGAUACAGGGCGAAGGCAAUCGGUUCACGAACGGCCUGCAGGGCCUCGCUCUGACGGGCUGGCAGCGGUACGAUCACUUUGCGGUCCUUUGUGAACUCCUGCCCACGGCACUGCCCAGCUUGGCCGUCUGCUUAUCGACGGCCGCUAAAGGCUACUUCGACGUAAGCGCCCGUACCAACCCGAUCCUCAGUAGCCUUACGUGUCCCGAGCCGACCGGUGAGCAUCACGCCUGGCUCGAGUUCCACAAGGACUCGCUCAUGGUUAGCUUCUCGCGCUGCAUGUUCCCCGGGAGCAUGAUCUACCGGUUCAUGCUCCGGCUCACAUCGGUAAUGGCCGAGGUGGACGAGUACAGUGACGGCAUCAAGCAGCGUCGAGGCUGGCUUACCGAUUACAACAUUAGACAUAACUUCAGUACCGGGGCGCGUGUAGACGAUUUGCUUAGCGACAACUAUCGACUGCUGAACUCGGUAUCCAACUUGGCACGCAACGCCGCGUCAACUUUGGCCGAGGCGUACGAUCAUUGGACAUACGGAGAAUUCAUCGAACAACGUAUAUUUCCCAUGAUGGAAGAACUGAAACGUCUGGAACGGGCGGGCGAUGGUCUAAAGAAGCGACGCGUUUGGCCACAGCGUCCCCUGCCAUACCUGAAGCCGUUCGAGGUGCUCGGUAUCGACGAGAAAACCUAGCUAGCCGAGUACGUUAAGAUACCCUUUCGCCAUUAGAGCCAACCAUCUUCGGCCCUUCCCCAUGACACUACGACCCGCCCUAACACAGGGGAGCCUGUCAUCUGUGUUACUUGGAUAUAUUAUUUUGAAACGAAUUUGAAAUAGAAUUUAUAGUGAUUAUUAAAGUGGAUCCCUGAUGGAUGGAACAGGAGGAGAUGUAGUUCGUUGGUGACGUCCCUUCCCAACGUCCAAAAGUCAUGUCAUAAACGUUUGACCAUUGUUUCUUAGCUAU